AUGUUCGCCAAUACCCUCACUCUUUUUCUUGCUCUUUCCCCCUUGGCUGCAGACCUUGUGGUUGGAGAAGCCGUAUCCUACGUAACAACCUCACCCAACGAGGCCCAAGAGUUUUCAUCGUCGACCAAAAGUCCUGGAGCCACAUGGACUACCUCUAUCAUCCCUCGCUCCUCUGGUGAGCCCACCGGGCUGCCUAUCGACAGUCUCAUUUUCUAUGCCGAAGAGACCUCCACCGCCGCCCCUGCCCUUAAGGGGAGAGUCAAUGUUGCCAUCAACGUGCAGCAGAGAAUCUGCAACAACGAAGCCGACUUCAAUCCCCACCCGCCCAUCCACUCCGACAAGCAGAAAAAGGGCGCUGACUACUUUUGCAACAACUACGCCGGCAUCAUGGAGUCUGGCAUGAGGUCUCUCCGCGUCGAGUGGCAUGACGAAUUUGGUGGCCGCCAUCAUUUCAAAGUCUCCUGGGCCGAGGGUUGUAUCGCAAAUGGGGGCACGCAGCAUAUCCGGUAUCCCAACGGACUUCAAAACACCAACCCCACCUGCAAUGACUUGAUGAAGGACAAUUACUUACAAUGUAACAACGGUGGCGUCGGUGGUAAAGUCCAGGCGGGCUGCCUCAUUUACGCUUACAAUGGAGGAAUCGUCGCGGGCAGAGAUUAUGAAGCUAUUGGACUGUGGUAA